AGUAGAAGCCAUUGCUUGUUGGGGAUGUAGUCCGGCUUUGGUCAGUAGGCAACAACUGCGCAGCGGCAUCGAACUGCACUGCAAUCCCAAUCCCAGUCCCAGUCCCAGUCCCAUCACGAGCAUGUACGCGCCCAUCAUGGAUUGGGGCUCAUCUGACUUUGGCAUCCAUGUGGCCAUCUACCUAGCUCUCAUUGUAUUCUUCUUCUGCCUGCUACCGAUCGCCUGCUACUAUGUGCGCAUCGAGAAUCGAACGCUGGCCAAGAUCUGCUCACCGCGACGACGACGAAGGCAACAGCAGCAGCAGCAACAGCAGCGACUGAGGAAUCAGCGAUAUGACAUUGGAAAUGACCGCCAGGGCAAUGCGUUGAACGGUUCGGAGGAGCGGCCGCACAACCGGUUUGGCGAUAUAUUCUUCAUCGAGCCAAGCAGCGAGGAGUCUGCGCGCAUUCGCAGCCAGCUGGAGAAGGACGACAAGGAGCUGCCCAGCUAUGACGAGGUGAUGCGCAUGUGCAAUCUGACAACGCCAACGGCAGCCGCCGCGGCGCCACACUCGCCCUCGGCUGACCCCAGCCCCAUUGGUAUCGCGGCUUUGCCAGCUCCGCCAUAUUCGGAGUCAGAUCCGCAUGCCGAUGCUGCGGCGGCACCCACAGUCAUUACGAUGGAGCCGGGACCGUCGACAUCGCGUGCCGCACAGAGCCCAACAACAAUAACCACCACCCUCGGCCGCAGUGCCCCUCUGACCCUGCCGAACACGGCAUCCAAUACGGAAGUUUGAUUGGCGACACUUCCUGAGCCACUCUGGGCCACACAGAUAUUGCAAUUUGUGUGUGCUUUUCAUUUCAGAAAUGAACAUGUGUGAUUUUAUUAGGUACAUUCUAAGUACAUAUUUAGGCGCUAGAGUUUAAGUUUGGCUUAUUGUAAAUAUGUAUUUAAACAAUCUAGGCUGAAAUAAAUUUUUUAAGAGAAAAAUA